AUGGUGUCCCGCAAGGCCAUGGCCAUCCUGCUGGUGGUGCACAUGGCAACCAUGCUGGCCUCCCAGACUGAAGCCUUUGUUCCCAUCUUUACCUACAGCGAACUCCAGAAGAUGCAGGAAAGGGAAUGGAGCAAAGGACAAAAAAAAUCCCUGCGCCUCUGGCAGAGGUCUGAGGAGACGGGUCCUCUUGACCCUGAGGAGACUGGCGAGGAAGAUGAAAACAUAAAGAUCAAGCUGACUGCUCCUGUGGUUGGAACGAGGAUGAACUCCAGGCAGCUGGAAAAGUACCGGGCCGCCCUGGAAGAGCUGCUGAGGGAGGCGCAGCCGCCCACUCCGCACGAGGAGAAGAGAGAAAUGGAGGAGGUGGUGUUAGAGAUGGAGAAACAGGGAGGUUAA